GCGCAUGUCUGGAUUGGUCUCCACUUGAUCCGGUACUGCGGUUGCUAGUUAUUAGCCAGCCCACUCAACCGGUGAGAUACAGACAUGUGGAAUCUCCGUUAAUACUCAUUAGCGAGGCUGCUUAGCUAAUUAACUGUACGAAAACAUUACAUUUUGUGUUAAUUCCACUUAAGAUUCCUGCUUAAGGUGGCUGAGGUUUCGACUCUGCCCGGAGCCGAAUCGCAAAUCAACGGAACCGCGGAAGGAGGUAAGAGAAGAUGUCGUACUACUCGUCAUCCCGUAGUUCAUCCCGGGCCACUGACUGUAAAGUGUACGUAGGGGACCUGGGUAAUGGCGCUGCCAAGGGUGAGCUGGAACGAGCAUUCAGUUACUAUGGCCCACUGAGGAGUGUGUGGGUGGCCAGGAAUCCACCAGGGUUCGCUUUUGUAGAGUUUGAGGAUCCCAGAGAUGCAGAAGAUGCUGUUAAAGGCAUGGACGGAAAGGUCUUGUGUGGUUCACGUGUCCGAGUGGAAAUGUCAACAGGCCUCUCCAGGAAGGGGCGUGGCCGCCCCAGCCGGCGCCAGUUCGACCCCAAUGAUCGGUGCUACCAGUGCGGGGACCGGGGCCACUACGCCUAUGACUGCUACCGCUUCAGCAAGAGAGGUCGUCGCAGCAGGUCUCGUUCUCGAUCCCGCUCAAGGUCCAGGUCACGAGGUCGCCGCUAUCGCUCUCGUUCUCGCAGCCGUAGCCACAGCAGGAGCCGUCGCCGUUCUCCUUCCUACUCCAGACGCAGGAGCAGGUCUGGUUCUCCAGCACGUUCCAAAUCCAGGACUCCAGCGAGAAGCCGCUCAAGGUCCCGGUCUCGGUCUGGAUCUGCGCCCAGAGGACGCUCUGUUUCCCGAUCCCGUUCACGAUCUCCGUCAGCCAACCACAAGAGGAACAGCGUGUGGUGGGACCUGAGCACUGCACUGACACUGCAGCUGAUCCCAGGCCCAGGGUCUGCCAGCUGGCGGUGUGUACAUCCUGCGGGAGGCUGAGUAAAGCGCUGACCUGAGAUCAGCCUCCGCCUGCAAGCUUGGUGUUAGAACAGCGAGAAAGAGGUCGACCUUCCGACCGACCCCUCCCCCCCACAAGUGAAUGGGCGACCGUCCGUCCGACCGACGCACACGCUCAGACGAGAUCAGCCCGCGCACACAUACAGUUGUUCUACUAGAGCCAGCCAGCCAGCCUUCAGACGUACCAGAGGGCUGACCCACACAGUUCAAAGCUCAUCCUUUUUAAAUCCAUUACCUACCUACCAGACCCCCCUACCUACCUACCAGAGUUCUUCGGCCUCUGUCUUAGCUUCUGAAAGUGAGAGAAAGAGAGAGCUGACGAGAGAUCAGUCUUCAAGAGCCUCCCAGCGCAGUGUCUCUCCGAGUUGUAGUCAUCCGUCCUUCAGUCCUUUCAUCCUUCGCUUCUCUGUACUUGUUGUUUCUGCCACUGUCUGCAAAGGUAACCAAAAAUCAACCCCCCUGACAAGCUCAUGUUGAUGGUAAAAGACAGAUACACAGGCUUGAUGUAGUCUGAGAAACUGGUGAUUAGAGAUCAGGUUGAGGCUUUUUAACAAGCAUGCUCAAGAGUAUCAGAGUAUGUGUGUGUGCAUGUGCGAGUGUUGACGAUCGGCCUGUUCAGACUUGGCCUUAACAUGUGUCUUCAUUGAUUCGGUCAAAAGGGGGGAUGGUUCUAAUGUAGCACAGACUGACGAAGCAUAUUUCUUCACCGUCACAGUAUCAACUAGUGAUAAAUGCAUCACAAAAGACGGCCUGAAAUUCCAUCGUGGCACCUGCGUUCACAAUUGCUUCGACAUGUGACUUGCUGUAAUUCAUAUCUUCACUGCAAUAUUGAACAAUGUCACAAUCACACACAUCUUGCAUUCCUGUCCUGCCAUGCACACUGACUCUUACCUGGAACCACAUUCAGAAGUCAUUACAACUCAAUACUCUUAACAUCAAUUAAUAGAAAUGUGCUAUUCUUACUUGAAAUUGUAUUAUGUUGUAUUGUUAUGCCCACUUGUUUAUUUGUAUCUCUUGGCCAGGUCUCCCUUUCAAAAGAGAUCCAAUCACAAGAGACUUCCUGGUAAAAUAAAGGUUAAAUAAGUAAUAAUUAGAGGUUAGAGCACUUGACAUCUUAUUAAAGUUUUUUUAAGACACCUAACAGUUUGUCAACGCCCUUGAGUGCUUAAUAUAUGAAGUGUUUCCUGAGUGUCUUGGAAUGACACCCCACCGCUUGGUUAUAACUAUGUUAAAGCCCUGAAGAUCCAGUCAUUAGUAAAAGGUAUGUUGUGUAACAGAAACUGUAAAACUGUAACAGCUCAUACGUCUCACCUUUAGGUGCUGGCAGCUGUUGAACUGCACGGCAGAUCGUUUUUUACGCUAAGAUCAACUAGUAAAGACACAGGCAGCGCUAGGGGUGACCUGAUAUGAGAGCUACUAUUUACCGGCAGCUGAUUGGCAGCGGUUCGUUCAAUUAUUGGUCAUGCCUAAAAUCAUCAGUAGUCACUUGUCCAUUGACCCUCAAAUUGCGUGACUAUAACUUGCACAUAAAAAUUUGCCUAAUGGAAAAAUGACAAUUUCGCCAAAACUCUUGUUUUUCGAUGAAAAGUUUUUGCGCUGGCAAUAGGUGAUU